AUCAGAAUUGGCUUAGUCAACGUGCUAUUUUAACAGCAAAAAAUAAUGAUGUUGACAAAAUUAACUUUCAGAUACAACAGUUAUUGCCAGGUGAUUUUAUGUCUUUUAAAUCAAUCGACACUACUGUCGAUGAAAACGAAGCAGUAUAUUUUCCCACUGAAUUUUUAAAUUCCCUGGAAAUACUAGGAAUGCCACCACACAAACUUCGAUUGAAGAUUGGUUUACCAGUUAUUCUUUUGCGUAAUUUGUAUCCACCUAAAUUAUGCAACGGUACACGUUUGGUAAUCAAAAGGAUCAGCGGAAAUGUUCUUGAAGCAACUAUUUUGACUGGGAAGUUAAAAGGAGAAAUUGUGCAGUUGCCACGUAUUCCAAUGAUACCAUCAGAAUCUCCUAUACCAAUUAAAAGACUUCAAUUUCCUAUUCGUUUGGCAUUCGCAAUGACCAUAAACAAGGCUCAAGGACAAACAAUGUACAUUUGUGGCUUGGACUUGGAAAAUCCAUGUUUUUCCCAUGGACAACUAUAUGUUGCAUGCUCACGUGUGGGGAAGCCAUCAAAUCUAUUUAUAUUAGCAAAAGACAGGUUAACCAAAAAUAUUGUACACCGAUUAGUUCUUAGUUAA